UGUAACUUGCUUCAUCAAGUGAACUUCCUUCUUUCAGUAGCUCUUGUCUUGGCCUUCUUUUACUAUUGCUACCUGAAUCCAAGAAACCAGAUGCUAGGAAGCAUCUCACCUGAGACAAGCAAGGCUGUUAGCAAAAUCUAUGGCCAGCAAAGUAGAAAAUUAUCAAGGAUGCUGUAUCGCCAGCCCCAGGUGCUAACACCCGCUAGGAAAGAUGUCCUUGUUGUGACCCCUUGGCUGGCUCCCAUCAUCUGGGAGGGGACUUUCAAUACUGACAUCCUGAAUGAGCAGUUCUCACUCCAGAAUGCCACCAUUGGGUUAACUGUGUUUCUCACUGAACAAGAGACACUCUACCUGAAUGUGUUCCUGCAGUCUGCAGAGAUGUACUUCAUGGUGGGACACAGGGUGAACUACUACAUCUUCACUGACAAGCCUGAAUAUGUUCCUUAUCUUAACAUCCAAAAAGGAAGGCAGAUAAUCAUCCUUGAGGUCGAGAGCUAUUAUGACCACUGGCAGGACAUCUCCAUGCAGCGCAUGGAGAUGAUCAGCAACUUUUCCCAGCAGCGCUUCCACCAGGAGGUGGAUUACCUUGUGUGUGCAGAUGUGCACAUGAGGUUCAGUGACCACGUGGGCGUGGAGAUCCUUUCCUCCUUGUUUGGCACCCUCCAUCUUCGCUACUAUAGGCUAAAUCGGACUGACUUCCCCUAUGAACGUCGGCCUCAGUCACAAGCCCAUAUUCCUGAAGAUGAGGGGGACUUUUAUUACAUAGGGGCCUUAUUCGGGGGGUCAGUGCCAGAGGUUUACAGGCUCACCAAGGCCUGCCACGAAGCAAUGAUGGUCGACCAAGCCAACCACAUCGAGGCCAUUUGGCAUGAUGAGAGCCACCUGAACAAGUACCUGCUUUACCACAAACCCUCCAAGGUCCUCUCCCCUGAGUACAUGUGUAAUAACACACUGAAGAAAAUCUGGGAUCAUCAGGGAGUAGACUUUUCUUCCAACAUAAAGCGGAUUAGACUUGUGACUACAGAAUAA